UUAGACGGCAUCGAUAGAUUUCAACUAAAUAAUCCUGCAACCAAGAAAAAGGAAAGAAUACUACAAUAGCUACUAUAAAAUCAUGUGUUCCACUCUACCAUAAGGCCAGUGUUUGUACGGCUAUCAGAAUCGACACACGCAGACUUCCUUACUUACCGAGACAAGCCGAGAACGGAGAACAAUCGGAAUGAUCUGCGGGCCACCCAAGACAUCAUCAUCGCAAACUAGACGAAGGUUAUGAUAUUCUCUUACCUCUCCAAAUAUCUAUUCGAGUUAACUAUCAGAUACACAUCAUUAAAAUUCUCCUCUUCGGGGUUGACACUGUAAACUAAAUCGCGUCCGUUUCUACGUCUAAUUACUCCCCGCAUUCGUUCCCAGCGAUACCUAAGUUACCCCGGAACACGCGCACCGCAAGAUGGCGACUACGUUGGAGCAGAAGCUCAAUGCACUGCAGGAGUUUUCUGCUUGUGAUGUAUCAGAUGCUCUUCUAAGACUACAGAAAGUCCCGAAGGGAACGACUCCCCAUGCAGGUUUUCUCAGCGAUAUAACCCCCUUCGCACCCUUCAUCGGCCGAAGGGAAGACCAACCCAAAAUCAUCGCCCCAGCAUCAACCUUCAAAUUCAUCCCCAAGGACGAAACCGUCCCUGACAUCCAACCCGUUGAGAAGCAUGGUUUCCCCCCAGGGAAGCACUGGGUCGAUUGGGCCCAGCCAGGCACUAUUGCCGUGCUGGAACAGCCGGCUGGACAGACUUGUGCUGUGUUGGGCGGGAUCAUGGCUUCUAGGAUGAAGUAUCUGGGCGUUAGGGGAGUUGUUGUUAAUGGGAGAGUGAGGGAUUUGGCGGAAUUGAAGAGUUCGGGACUUUCGGUCUACGCCCGCGCAACAUCCACCGUCGGUACCGGCGCGGCCGCGAAGCCCGGAGCCCGCGACGUUCCCGUCUCUUUCGGAGGAGUCACUGUCUCUCCUGGCGAUAUUAUCUUCUGUGACCCUCUCGAAGGCGUAGUUGCUAUCCCGCGCGACCUGCUCGAUGAUGUCUUGGAAUUGAUGCCGAAACUCGUCGCGCAGGAUGACAAGGUCAAGGAAGAUGUGGUCAAUGGAUCGGGCGUUGCUGAGGCGUUUAAGAAGCAUAGGAGUAAUUUGUGAUUUUGUUUGUUUGAUGUGUGGAUAUUUCUUUGGUUUACUGAAAUGACUUGUGCUGUGAGGAUUUGAUAUCUGCUUCGUUCAGUGUAAGUAGUUUGCUUUUGGGCUCUCCGCUUGAGUGAGGGUAAUGAGGAAGGAAUAGAUA